UGCGCGGCAGCGAGCGGUUUGCACUGCGAUUGCCCAGCCGGUUGUUCUACCUUUUUACCUUUUAGCCACUGCGGUUGCGCAUGCGCCUCAUCCAAAAUCGGUGGCAAGAAAUAGGCCUUCAAUUGAUUUUUGUUUUUAACUUUGGUUGGAUACGGCGCCGGUGUUUUUGGGUAGCGGCUCAGUCCAGCCGGCGGUGCCUUAGUGGCAGCUCCUCCAGAUCGAAGAAACCACGCCACACCAAGAUGCCCUAUAACCUCUGGCUGCGACGGCGCCUCCAGCUGCUGGCCUCGCUGAUCUUCUGCGGCCUCCUGGGCUAUUUGACCUCGGAGGCGGUGGCCAAGCCCACGUUGUCCUUCAGUCUGCCGCAAGGACUGCAGGGAUUUCCUUCGUUCCAGUCCUUCACCCAGCAAAUCAUCGAGCAGCGCAGCGCGCGUCAAAUGAAGACGUAUAGCGGAAAGCGGGUGAGCAACGACUCCCUCAUCAUGAUAUACUAUCACGAUCUGACCAUAGCCGUAACGGAGCUGGGACCCCAGAAAUUGCUACUCGGCUGCGAACUGAUCGAAAUCUACAACGAUAAGGAGGGCAAGAUGCUGCUGGAGGGCCUGUCGCACUACAAUCGCCCACUGGAAAUCAAAUUCGACGAGAUGCUGAAGCUAAUGGAUCAGUGCGAGCACGUGGAUAAGCUGAGCUACGCCUCGCGUCACAAAUCCAAGCUGGAGGCCGGUGAACGCAGCAGCGGGGGCAGCGAUUCAGCCGCAACAGGUGGAGCCAAUGAUGGUGUGGCCCUCAAGCUGGCCACCAAUAUCUUUCCGCGCAGCCCCUUCUCCCUGCUGAGUGGCAUUAUACCAGGCACAAAGUGGUGUGGCACCGGCGACAUCGCAGAGACGUACAGCGAUCUGGGCAGCGAAAUGGCCAUGGAUCGAUGCUGUCGCCAACACGAUCUCUGCCCCAUCAAGAUCCGAGCCUAUCAGAACAAAUACGAACUGAUGAACGAUUCGCUGUACACAAAAUCCCACUGCAUCUGCGACGACAUGCUGUUCUCCUGCCUGAAGAUGACCAACACCUCGGCCUCGCAGCUGAUGGGCUCCAUCUACUUCAACCUGGUGCAGGUGCCGUGUCUGGACGGGCGGAGCAAUCACUACAAGUUCCGGGCGGCCAAGGAGGGAUUCUGAAGCAGGGGAGCCGCAAAUCGGGGGUUUUUUUUGGGGGCUCAGUUCAUUGUACAGGAGGUGGGGACGCGAGAGAUGGGAGUCGCUCUAUUUAUUGUUUUACAAACGAUGACGCCCGCUUUUUAUUUUUCGAAUAUUCUGUUGGGUUUACAGUUAGCGUUAACGUUAUCUAUAUAAAGUAGAAUUGCAAUCUUUGUUAUACAAAUACGAAUAUAAAUAUAUAUAUAUAUAUGUGUA